AUUUCUCGCCCGUAUUGCUUCGAUUACAUCGUCAUUUCACUCUCUCUCUCUCUCUCUCUCUCUCUCUCUCUCUCCCGUUUGAUUGAUUUCUUCUUCAAGCUCAAAGAUCUCUCGCUGGGACACUGAUCGCCAUUGAUAUCCAUCACUAUCGCUGUCUAAAGCUCGAAGCUUUGUUGAUUUCGCAGCCCAAUCUUCGUUUAAUUGGAUCAGAUGGCUUCGUCGAUGCUCUCUCUGGCCUCCGCUUCCGCCUCCGCGUCGCCUUCACUCUCACUCCAUGAUAAUCUUAAGGGGAGGGUGAAGCUCGGCAGUGUAAACUUCAUUAGUUGUUUACCGGAUAAAACAAGUUCCUCUGCCAAAGCAAAGCCUUCUGGUCGGAUCUCUAUGACUGUCGGGGUUAAUGUUUCUCGUUUUGAGGGUAUAGCAAUGGCUCCUCCCGACCCAAUUCUUGGAGUCUCUGAAGCUUUUAGAGCAGACACUAAUGAGAAGAAGCUCAACCUUGGAGUUGGGGCCUACCGAACUGAGGAGCUACAACCAUAUGUUUUGAAAGUUGUCAAGAAGGCUGAAAACCUGAUGCUGGAAAGGGGUGAAAACAAAGAGUACCUGCCCAUCGAAGGUUUGGCUGCUUUUAAUAAAGCAACUGCGGAAUUACUACUGGGAGCAGAUAAUCCAGUGAUGAAGGAGGGCCGGAUUGCAACCGUUCAGGGUCUUUCAGGAACUGGCUCCCUUCGACUUGCUUCUGCUCUCAUCGAGAGGUACUUUCCUGGCGCGAAGGUGUUGAUAUCAUCUCCUACUUGGGGAAACCACAAGAAUAUUUUCAAUGAUGCAAGAGUCCCAUGGUCCGAGUAUCGAUACUAUGACCCAAAAACCGUUGGCUUGGAUUUUGAGGGGAUGGUUGCCGACGUUAAGGCUGCCCCUGAAGGAUCUUUCAUAUUGCUCCACGGCUGUGCUCACAACCCAACUGGUAUUGAUCCAACCCCUGAGCAGUGGGAAAAGAUUGCUGAUGUUAUUCAAGAGAAGAAUCAUAUUCCUUUCUUUGAUGUUGCAUACCAGGGAUUCGCAAGUGGCAGCCUCGACCAAGAUGCAGCAUCUGUGAGGUUGUUUGCUGCACGAGGGAUGGAGAUUCUGGUGGCUCAAUCUUAUAGUAAGAAUUUGGGUCUCUAUGCAGAAAGAAUCGGAGCAAUUAACGUGGUCUGUUCGUCGGCAGAUGCAGCAGCCAGGGUUAAGAGCCAGCUGAAGAGGCUAGCCCGACCUAUGUAUUCGAAUCCUCCAGUCCAUGGUGCUAGGAUCGUGGCAAACGUGGUUGGUGACCCAGCUCUAUUUGGUGAGUGGAAAGCAGAGAUGGAACUGAUGGCUGGAAGGAUUAAGAACGUUAGGCAAAAGUUGUACGAUAGCCUGAUGGCCAAGGACAAGAGCGGGAAAGAUUGGUCCUUCAUACUUAAGCAGAUCGGAAUGUUCUCUUUCACAGGCUUGAACAAAGCUCAGAGUGAGAAUAUGACCAACAAGUGGCAUGUCUACAUGACGAAGGAUGGAAGAAUAUCAUUGGCCGGACUGUCUUUGGCCAAAUGCGAGUAUCUCGCCGAUGCCAUUAUUGAUUCGUACCACAAUGUGAGUUAAGUUUGCACGGCUGAGCUGAGAAGAACGAAAUAGGAGUUCUGGUGAGCCAGUAUCACCUUUACAAUCGAAAAUAAAUAUUCGGGGAAUUUUUGGAAAUAAAUGUAUUUUUAGCCUAAAUCUAUCGAUCCCUUGAGCUCGAUCCGAACACAUUUUGUGCCUCGAAUUAUGACAGAAUGGAUGUUUGUACUUUGUAGUUCUCAGGGUGCAACGAAAUUGCACAAAUGAGUGGGUUUUUCUUUGUAGUGACUUUAUGCUUAGCUUGUUUCCUACUUCAAAUGUGUCACUGGCACAACUCUAGUUGUUGAUCAGUUAUUGUAUUUCCAUUUGACAGUCUCCAGAAUGUUGGGGAAUUCGAGAA